AUGUCGGAUCAAAUAAAAUCCAAAUCUCGACGAACCUAUUCACAAAGAAAUGUAUCUUCACUUCAACUUGAAUUAACAAAAAAUCGAAAAAUGAUAAAUAUGAAUACAACAAAGACAACUUUAAUUAAUCGAACACUUAGUUUUAAACCAUUAUCAGAGACAAGUUCAUCAUUAGCUAAUGUAGAAAAUACACCGAUGAAAAAACUCUCAUGUAAAUUAGAUACAUCUACUAUAAUUUCAACAUCUCAAGAAAUAAUUGAAGAAACACCAGUCAAAGAUAAAGAUACUGAAAAUGAGACUAUACCAUCAGAUAGAAUGGCACGUGAUAUUCAAAAACUUACUCUUCGUCUUCGCUCGUCAGUUCCAUUAUUCGAUAUUCCUAUUAUGGAUAAUCAACCAACAAAACCAACGACUCUUCAUCUUUCACAAGUGGUUAAUCGUGUAUCUCGUUGUAAUCAUGUUUUAAGACAUUUUGUAAGAGAAGCACAAAAAUAUUCACCUAAAUCCAAUGAAAUUCAAUUGACAUCAAAACCUAUUCUAUCAUUACCACCACAUGAAAAAGGUCGACGUCGUCUUUUUGUUGAUUCUCCUCAACAGAAUAAAACAAAUCCUAUCGAUGAAAAUCAACUACCAAAAACACCACGAAAAGCUAAAGGUGUUAUAAAACAAUUAUUUGCAUCACCAUCACCAUCUUUUAAACGAACGGCAUCGUCAACAAAUACGAAUAUAAAAAUAAUCGAUAAACGUCAAAAACUUUUCUAA